UAUUCCACAAACCAAACAUUGCACUUCAAGUCUUCUCCGCUGAACCAAACUUCCAUAGAAACCAAACAUUGCACUUCAAGAAAACACCAACACCGACGGCAAGAACAAUGAGGCCCUAGCGGCGGGGAACAACUCCAAAUUCAUGAGUUCCGGCAGUGGCAGCGGGUCCAAGGGCAGCGAUCUGACCGGCGCGGGUAUUGUUGACAAGGGGAAGGGCAUCGUCAAGGAAGAAGAACAAGAAGAGGGUGGUGGAUCUAAGGGUAAGAUGAUGAGCAUAGUGCAGCGCGCAGAUGCCACAGCAGGAGGCAGCUGCCGCAGAGCGCUGCACGCCGCUACAGAGCACGAGAGGCGGAGGCAGAUGAGCGAGUUGUUCAACAACCUGCAAGGCCUCCUCCCCAGCCUCCCCGACGAGACGGACAAGUUGAUGAUCAUGAUGGAGGUGAUACAGUACAUCAAGACCCUGGAGGGGACGCUGAGCGAGCUGGAGAAGCGCAAGCAGGAUCGCAUGCAAGGCAUCUCCUCGUCCUCGUCGGCAGCACGUGCUACCGUGAUGGCACAUCAGCAGCCGGUUGGUGGGAUCUUUCAAGCGUGGGCAGCAGCUGUGGCACCUGUGGGCGCAGCAGUGCCUGCGGUGCCAAUGGAGCUCCAAAAGUGGUUGGGGCAGAACGUCGUGUUGAGCUUGUCGGGAGACGACGCGUACAUCAACGUGUGCUCGGCACGACGCGCGGGCUUGCUGACAAUGGUGGUGGCCAUACUCGAGAAGUACAGCAUCGAGGUGGUCACGUCAGAGAUCGCCUCCGACAGCUCUAGGAACAGGUUAAUGCAGCCAACAGCCUGUUGGGGAUAAUGUGUCGUCUGAGGACAUCUAUAAGCAGGCAGUUUCAAAGAUAACGACUCUGCUCUCCGGAGAGAAUUAAGAUGGAAGCUCUUCAUUCCCUCAAGAUGGAACCUCUUCCUUGUUCUCUUGAAGUUGAGGAUAUCUUGUCAUUUACAUUUGAGCAUUUAGCUUCUUGUGUCGUGUCAGAAUUGAACUAUGGAUCAUCGUGUGCAAUAA